AUGUCAACCGCUAGUACCCCGGAGCUUGAAGCACAACCAGUCACUGCGACAGUAUCUCCUUCCAUCAAACAAGCUCCAAUUUCGUGUCCUGGCCACUCAAGACCUGUGGUAGAUCUAUACUUCAGCGCGGAAUCUGAUUGUGGUUCCCUAUUUAUUUCUGCUGCUAAAGAUGGCCGGGCGAUUCUUCGGCAGGGUGAUACUGGUGACUGGAUUGGCACAUUCAUUGGUCAUCAAGGAGCUGUCUGGUCCUGCGCACUAGAUUAUCACGCGACGAAAGCUGCGACGGGAGCAGCAGAUUUCACUGCCAAAUUAUGGGAUACUGGUUCUGGUCAAGAGCUGCUAUCUAUCGCAGAGGACCAUAUUGUGCGUUGUGUCGAUCUGAGCAAAACUGAUUCCGGCGCGUUUCUGCUCACAGCAAACAAUCGAAAGGAGCUGUCUGUCUAUGACUUAAACAACGCCACCUGUCCUGUCACACGUGUUGUCGCGCACACUGAAAUUAUUCGUCGGGCUCUUUGGUGUGAUAUGGACAGGCACAUGCUCACGGCAUCCGAGGAUGCAACCAUAAAGUAA